ACGUAGCCAAAGUAUUGACAUGACAUUUGACAAUUCAUGAUUUUGACAAAUGUUUCAAAAUAAAUAAUAAUUCGGUUUAGGGUUUUACAAGUGUUUCUGCUAUUAUUUAAAAAAGUACAAACAUAAUUUUUAUUGAAUUUUACAGUUAACUUAACAGAAUAAUGACGAAACUUCUAGAAUGGAUAUCUGUAACUUCAGCAGUGCUAGCGGUAUGGUAUUCACUCGUCGGAGGCUACGUAAAACAUAAAUUCAUUGAAGAGAAUAUGGAUAUUAUUUUAGUUUCACCAAUCAUAUUUGUUGCUCUAUUCGGUCUGUACGCUGUUACUGUAGUAUUAUACAGAACCUUUACUUUCAAUAAUUGCACUGAUGAAGCUGAUGCAUUAAUGGCCGAAAUAGAAGAAGCAAAGAAAGAUUUACAUGAGAAAGGUUUGAGGUGGUGAAGUUAUUCCAAUUAGUUUUAAGAUAUUACAUUCAAAUAUUUAUUCCAUAAAUAAAGUAUUUACAUUAAUUUUUA